UCCUCGCUAGAGUAGGCGGCCAAGCUACUGUAGGCUUAGUUCGCUCCUUUUCCUGAUCCUCAAGGGAGUCUCUCCAUCGUCUUCCAACUAUGCUGGUACUCAGCAAAUCCUCUACCUGUGAUGUCUGUAUGGAAGGCUAUGUGGCUGGCGGAAAUUCGCCACACUCGAUCUCUUGUGGGCAUGUAUUCUGCCAAAAGUGUCUCGAUCAUCUUUUGCGCCACAUAUGUCCCCUUUGUCGGACUCGAUUUUCCCCGCAGGAGGUCCGCAGGCUUCACAUCGAUAUGCAGUCGCCUACGAUUACGACCGCUUCCAUAGAAGAAGUCCCUGAGAACCCUGAAUCAUCUUCUCCACCUCCUGACGACGAGGCCCGUGCCCUCCAGAACGAUAUCGCGCGUGUUGUCAAAGAAGGUGCCAAGCUUCCUGAACUUCGCCGGGUAAUCGAGAAAUGUCGAACGUACUACAAGUCACAGUCAGCUGACCAGCAGAACCCUGUGAAAGUGAGCGCACUGCUUCUUUGGAACCUCGCCGAGUCUCAACGUCAUCUCGCGGAAAUGAGAAAAGACAAGGCGGCUGAGGUUGAGAAGACCCGGGUGGUGGAAAUUGCUCUUGAGGAAACGAGACUGGAGAAGGUGGCUGAGGCUGAGAGGGCCUGCGAGGCAAAACUUGUUCUUGAAGAAUUACGCUCGCGUCUUACGGCAGAGAUCGUGAAUUUGCAACUGAAGUACGAGGAGCUGCAACGUAUUCGACAGGAUGAGAAAGAUACUGCUCUUGCUGUAGAGAAAAGUUUGAGGGAACACUAUGAUGAGUUGAAUGCACAUUGGAGAAGCAAAUUCGAAGCCGCAAUGCGUGAGAACAAGGUUCUCCGGGAGGAGCUCAUGCGCGCUAGAAUUGUGUUUAACCCGUUACCUGACUUCCAACGGCCAGUCGAGGUCCGGUAUCUUCAUGCAACGGAGCAGAAGCAUCCUGAGAAGUUGGUCGAGGACGAUCCUUUGAGCAUCAAAGCACGAGCGAGGGCCAAAGCGAAAGCGAAAGCCAUCGAGGAAGAGGAGUUCCACUUGUCUCCUCUCACCCAGGUAAUUGGAACUUGGCCUUCUGCAAUCCAGUCGUUUCGCGCUUUGGUGGAUGAAGAUGAGAUUGACGACUUAAAGAAGACCUGCAGCAGAAAGGAAUCGGAAUCGAGGUCUGACACAGACGAGGAUCAAACAAUGGGCGAUGCUACGUCUCAACUUAUUCCCAUUCCUCGGUCCUCGUUAUCUCGUCAGUUGACGGACCCCUCCGUAUCUUCGUCUGUCUCCACGGAUAACUGGUCUGGAUUGUCGCGAUCUCGCCCUCGUGACAUUGUCAUGUCGAGUCGUGAUGGAUCUACUUCACGUCAUCACUCCACUGAGCGUUCAAUCACUUUGGCACGUAGUGGUGCUCAUUCACCAUCUCGCAGACUGUCACGGGAACAGUCCACGUCGUAUAUGUCCAGCCGCACUUCCUCUCCCUCACGCCGCUACUCCUCGGACCGCUUGCAUGGGCCUCGGUUGAAAGACACUCAUUCACGAGACUCAUUUGAUGGUGGUAGCAGGGAUUACGAGAUGCGCGCAGGAGACACGUACGAGCCAAAGGUGAAAGACCAGUUCGUACCGCGCCAGAUCAUGGCGGCCGACGAUUUUCGGGACAAGGAUCGCGAACGCCUACGCGCUCAGCUCCAUGAUAUCCUUGACAGCCCUAUGGCAUCAUCCUCCCUCAAGAUCCCGAUGUCUUAUAACGAUGAGUCGCCGAUGCCCCCACCAUAUCCACCACCGCCAUCGUCCAAUACGAUUCCUAGGCACACGAAUUCUAGUACACACGUGCAUACGCCGUUACGGAGAAACUCCACUGCAAGUCAAUCGGUGACUCCUACACCUGGUCCUGAAGAGGGAUACCCGGCCACGGUUGUGCAAAAGACGCUGGUCCAUGCUAGUAGUGUUGCAAUGCAGCAGGAGAAGGAGAGACGGGAGAGGGAAAGACAACGAGAGCAGGAACGUGAGCGAAUGGAGCGUGAACGAGGUCGGGAUCGUGAUCGUGAUCGUGAUCGCGAGCGGGAACAAGAGUGGCAGCACCUCAAGGAUACCACCAAUGUGCCACCCGAUGUUUACCCCUACCAUCGCGAUCGCCGUAUAGGCAGGACCAAGUUGUCUAACCCAGUCACCGCUGGAGCAGACUAAAUCAUAUGGCCUGCCGAUUUAUUAACCAACUGUCACUUCUGUAUUUUUCAUUCCCCAUUGUUGUAGAUGGGUCCUUUUGCGGACUAUCUAUUUA